AAAGAAUUACUUGCACUCGGAUCUCGAACAGGAUAGUAGUGUAUCAGUAUUCACUCGAGUAGUCCGAUCGUUGUGUAAUCCAGUAUAGUCAUAUCAAGUAGAUGCCAGUGUAUUAAAGGUUUCUAUAUGCCUGUAUUUUGUGCAGCGCCUAUGUGUACAAACGUGGCACCAUCGCACGCGCCUUGUUAUCCCGUGACGCAAUAUCGCUACAAGCUGAGACAAGCGCCUGAAGAUGCCGACGCGUGCGUAUCGUUUUGCGGUAAUUGCUUAGCAACGGACCACCUAUUUCCUGAAAUCAAUUACGCAGUUCUGUGCAACUGGAUCGAGUUUUGUGAGGUUCGGGAACAAAUAUCAGAUUACAGAUUGACGCUAGGGAGCACGGCGGCAGCUUUUGAGCAACAGAAAUCACUGCUUCGGGACACUAAACGCUAUCGGUGCAAAGACAUUAGCGCUGGCCUAGAGGCGCUAUACGUCAAGAAACGAGACGCGAUCUAUGAUCCGUGGUUUCGCGACAUUACAUCACGGCAUGCGGUGUUGUUACUACGACACACUAUGGGUAAUGUACAAUCAGGCAACAGCGAAGUCGAGUGUGCAGGUGCAGCUGCAGAAUGGAUGUUUUACACACUCGCGCUUAUCUUUACGGCUUUACCCAAGAUUCAAUCAUAGCUCCAAAUUACCGGCUCGAACCCCUAGGAUAUAUGUCUUUUCUAACACCCACCGAUUAAUUCGCGUAAUGGUAGACGUUCUGCCAGCUAUUUGGACAGCAAAGACGGCUGCUGUGGUAAAGUCAUUGACGGCCGACGUGCCGCAUCGUGGCAUUACAACGCGUGGGUGUGCCCCCAUGGCACACAUGGCCGACGACAUGUGGAAUUUGCGUAAUUAUUUCAAUUCCCCCGCAGGUUUAAAAGACGCGUGGAAAUGUUGGAAGAUGCUUGAAGCAGGCGCACCCAUACAAGUGGCAUGGAAUACACUAACUCUCUUAUGCGUACAGGUGAUUAUGUAACUACACUAAUACUGUGUGCAAAGUUUUCGCUUCUAAUCCACCCGGUCGCUAUUCCUGGGCUCUCUGGAAAGGGCACAACGGCAUUUAAGCCGUAUUACGUGGGAAAGUUAGUGGGGCGUGCCCAUGGAUCAGCAUUUGCGCACGCGGAGUUCCCUGGACCCAGUCUCUGUGCAUGGAGUGCCGCAGACGCGGCCUGUAGUUACCAGCUCUACAAUUUAGUCCAUGGCUGGAGCACAUCAACCAUGAACGAGAGCACGCGUAAUCGGUGGUGGAAUUACGUGUGGGCAGCUUUCGAAACAGAGCGCGCCCGUCUACGACUCGCGGCACGAACCCAAGGAGAGGCUGAACACAGUGCGUGCGAAUAUGUUCGCUAUUUUCGUAUGCUGAUGCGGGAUGGGUUAGGGCAUCUGGUCAUCCCAGAACUCGCACAGGUGCACGAGGCCCGAGAAGAACAUCGACAGAAUACGAAUCUAUAAACCUUGGUCACUGUGCUUGUUGUUCGAUACUUUGACCCCGUGAUCAUCUGUGAAAUGUGAUAUGAUGUGGAUCUAUUCCGG